CACGAGCCGUGGGCCGGGGGUUACUCUCUCAAGCAUGGAAAACGACUGUGGCCUGGCCGGUGGCCGAGCGCCUUGGGUUCCUGGAUGCCCCACGGCUGGGAGUGGGGGCCGCCCAAGCGCUUGCUCGAAGUGGCGGGGUUGAGCCAGGGUUCCUGCCCCCAGAGAGACAGGUGGCCCAACAUGAAGUCCAGCCCCUCCAUCCAAGCCGCCAUCUACCUCGCAGCGGGGGCUGCCGGGGGCACCGUGUGUGUACUGACCGGCCAGCCCUUCGACACAAUCAAAGUGAAGAUGCAGACUUUCCCCAGCCUGUACAAGUGCCUCACCGACUGCUUCCUGAAGACCUACAGCCAGGUGGGCUUCCUUGGCUUCUACAAGGGCACUGGCCCUGCCCUAAUGGCCUACGUUAGCCAGAGCUCUGUCCUAUUCAUGUGCUAUGGCUUCUGUCAGCAGUUUGUCAGGAAAGUGGCUGGACUGGACACGCAGACUGAGCUGAGUGACCUGCAGACUGCGGCUGCAGGGUCCCUGGCCUCUGGGUUUGCUGCCCUGGCCCUCUGCCCCACUGAGCUUGUCAAGUGCCAGCUGCAGACCAUGCAUGAAAUGGAGAUGUCAGGGAAGAUAGCAAAAAGCCGUAAAACAAUCUGGUGGGUUGUGAAAAAUAUCCUUAUUAAGGAUGGCCCCUUAGGCUUCUACCACGGACUCUCGACCACUCUAAUUCAGGAGAUACCAGGCUAUUUCUUCUACUUCGGUGGCUAUGAACUGAGCCGAACGUUUUUUGCAUCCGGGAGAUCAAAAGAUGAACUAGGUCCUGUCCCUUUGAUGUUAAGUGGGGGAACUGCUGGAAUCUGCCUUUGGUUUGUCAUAUUCCCAGUGGAUUGUAUUCAAUCCAGAAUUCAGGUUCUUUCCAUCCAUGGAAAACAGGCAGGAUUUGUUGGAACUCUUUUAAGUGUUGUGAGAAAUAAAGGAAUACUAGCCUUAUAUUCUGGAAUGAAAGCUACUCUUAUUCGAGCGAUCCCCUCCAAUGCUGCACUAUUUUUGGGCUAUGGAUACAGCAGGAAGAUGAUGAUGAGCAAGUUGGAAGCUUACUGAAAUGCUGGUGAACCUGGAUGCAAGUACCUGAGUUUGACAACUAAGUUGUUCUUAGGGCUUAUGGAGUACAAGACCAAAAUGAAAUUAUUUUUGACUGUGUAGGAACUUUGGUUUUGUCUCCUUUUAUUUCAAACCUCAAACUGUAUGGGAAGAUCUCUAUUUUAGGUCACUUAAUUUAUCCUUAUAAUCAUAUUGAAAUAGAAAUGUUGCUCUUGCCCUUUGUGGGAUAUACAGGGUGAGUUCUGUUGCUCUAGGUUCCUAAUCUGAAAGGUUAAAUAUAGUUCUCUCAGGCCUU